AGACUCUCCAUUUCCAUCUUCAGAAAAAUACAGAGAUUGAAGAGAUGAAUCGAAGUUUCAUCAGGCCAACAGAACAGGAAAAUCAAACAAUGAGGAACAAUUUCGGAAACAAUAAUAAUACUGUGAUGAUAAUGAAGAAGAAGAAGGAGAAUAACGAAGAAGAACUUGCUUUGUUCCUCGAGAUGCGUAAGCGAGAGAAAGAUCGAAGCAAUCUUCUCAACUCUGGUGGUGAUUCACUGGAAGCUCAAUCUCUAGGGUCUAAACUUGAAGACUCACCGGUAUACAAGAUUGUGUCAUCUACACGGCCACGCAAAGCUGAUGAAUUCUUGAACGCGGAGAAUGAUAAGAACGAUUAUGAUUGGCUUAUUACACCUCCUCGCACUCCUCUUUUUCCUUCAUUGGAGAUGGACGCGGAGAGAAAUGCGAUAAAUCGGCUCGGACUCGGCACUCCCAAGGCUCGUCAAACUUCAUUGAAGUCUAAGUUAGCGAACUCCCAGGUGGAGAUUGGUGCUAGAGGAAAUCCAGCAUUUAGACCGCAACCACCUUCAUCCCCUGGCUUACACUUUUCCGGCGCAGGGACUCGUAGGCCAGCAUCAUCAGGGGGGAGACUAUCAACUGCUUCUAGACCUGCAACACCUACGAGACGCCCCGCGUUACCUUUAACUGCUAACACUUCGAGACCUUCCACACCUACUUCAAGGCCAACUUUACCAGCCUCUAAGUCAAUGGCUCUUUCUGGAAGGUUCUCAAACCCUUCUGCUAGAUCUUCCACACCCACGUCUAGAAUGACAGCACCACCAUCCAAAUCUGUAUCAAGAUCAGCAACACCAACUCGGCGACCGUCAGCCACAUCAAGUUUAUCUGUACCAAGAUCAAUGACACCAACUAGGAGACCGUCAACCCCAUCAAAAGUAUCCAGCGUGUCAGCUCCUCUUAGCAGGUCUUCCUCUGUUAGCAAAUCAGGUCCCACAACAACAAGGAAUCCAGUACCAGCAAGGGCAAGUUCACCAACUGUUAAAUCCAGACCAUGGAAGCUCUUAGAGAUGCCUGGUUUCUCACUCGAAGCUCCCCCGAAUUUAAGGACUUCACUGCCCGAAAGGCCGGCUUCUGCAUCAAGGGGAAGGCCUCAAGCUCCUAAUGUUCGAUCCUCUGUUGAGUGUGGGUCAAAUGGUCGACCAAGAAGACAAUCAUGUUCUCCUUCGAGAGGCCGCGCUCCAAAUAGUGGUAUCCACAGCUAUGGUAGCUCUGCUCAUGCAGUCAGUCAGGCACGUUAUAGCGGUAUUGACAAUCCAAACCCAGUUUUGAGUGGAACCAAGAUGGUUGAUAGAGCAGUAAACAUGCGAAGACCUGCACCCCCGAAGCAAGAUGAUCUGCGCACCGGUAAUAAUCCAGUUCGAAAGUCAUCUCCAUCCCUGGAUGGCUCAAAUUUUGGGAGAUCACUUUCGGGUAAAUCUUUAGAUAUGGCGAUGAGACAUAUGGACAUAAAGCGAAGUGUUUCAGGCAGUAGCUUACGCCCAAAAAUGACAAAUAUCCCAGCAUCAUCUUUAUACAGCGUAAGAUCAGGACCAGCAAGAACCAGGACCCUUAGUAUGUCAGACUCUCCUAUUACCACAUGCAGUACUGCUAGUUCUGAGCAGAGUGUCAACAAUACUGCAUUUUGCCUGUAUGAUAGUGAACUAGAAGAUGAUCUUAAUACUGAAAGAGGAGGGCGAUUCUACGCUGCCAGCUUGCAAGGUAGAUGAUCUAAGGGGAUGGUGGGGGGUUGUAUUCCGGUAUCGAAUUUUGUUUGUACUUCCUCUGAGGCAUCUCUUGUAGUUAUUUCUUGUAACUUGGGAGAGAACCUGUUCCUUAAAAGCUGAUCUGUAAUGUUUAUGGGAUAGGCUGGGCUCUCUGGGGGUCCAGGUAAUCGGUUACUGUUGGUAAAUGCCAAGCCUUCUUUUCUUUUGCUCCCCACUUAUUAUCCGACGUUUCUCAGAAAGAAGAAGCAGCCGCCGGCAACAAUAUCAAGCAUUCCCGAAGAGAUCUACAUACAAAUCUUUGUAAGAGUACCAUCAAUUUUCAUAUGCAAGUGUGUUUGCAAGACCUGGUAUGCCCUAGUCUCUACCCCUGCUUUUGUUAAAUGGCAUCUUAAUCGGAAAAACAACCCCAAACUCAUAGGUAAAACCUACUAUCGCACACCUAUGAGUUCUUACAGAUGUAAAUCUGUAAGUUAUGAUUCGUUAUCAUAUGAAGAUAUUGUUGUCGAGUCUGUUGGAAUAGAUUACCCAUUCAAGUCUUUAGUAGAACAUGAUGAUAAGCUUGAUG